GUACAUGUACAGGCAUUACUACAAUACUAUACUGUCUAUGCAUGGUACAGGCAUACGUACGUACGUUACGCAACUGUUGAUCUCUCUGUAGCUGUGUUGAUCUCUUGUCUACAGUGUAUACUUAGAGCAGAAUUAUUGUGUCUGCAUGCUGCUGUUAAACAACCUUUGUGUGUGCUUUAGUGAAGUGUAAGCGUGUAUUUUUCAGGCUCCGUUAAACUGACAAGCUGAGUGUGACACAUGGCUGAGGGUCAAAGUGGAUCCAGCUCAAACCCUUCUUAUCCUAGCGGUGUUGAAAGUACCCUACCCAGUGGUAUCCCUGCCAUUUGCACAGAAGGAUCAGAUAUUGACACCGUAAUUGCCUUGGAUGAUAUUGGCAAUGCUGUUCCCUGCAGAUGUCCAUGUGGUAGUUGCGAUUUCUCACACAUUCUCCACCCUCCACCCGAUUGCCUAGUCAACCGCCAUUCUGAUAGCCGAAACUUUCCAGAAGUUGAUCUGAAAUCUAGCAAAUACGACAAGAAGCAGCUGAAUAUGGAGCUUAAAGAACAAACUCAGAGUGUCGAGAAGGAGUUUAUGGCAUUUAUAGUAGCUGUGCGCAUGUAUGCCAAAUCAAUUCCUGAUAUUGAAAGUCUCAUAAAAGAUGCUCUAGAUCUUACUGAGCAUGAACAAUCAAGUUUUGAGAAAUUGUACAGACAAUUCCGAGAAGGAGCUAACUUCAUAAAUUACGACAUUUUGUUACAUCGGCUUAGUAUCUUGAAGUUAUCAGGUACAGAAAAUGAACUCAGACGUUCUGCCGAAGCCGCAGCUGAAAGAUACGAGGCUAGUUUCAAGGAGUAUGCUCAACACCGAGUCGUUCUUGUACCUACCAUUCUGCAAGAUGCCAAUGGAAGCACCUAUUCAGUGCACAAAAAGCUAAAGAUUAAAGUUGAAGAAGAGUAUCUCAAGUUUAGAAUUGAUCGCCUUUACCAUUUCAAGAAGGUAGUGAAAACAAUUCUUAAACUGCCUCCACAUAUUAACCUUCGAGUUACCUCUGUCAGGGAAGGCUGUGUGGAAAUAUGCUUUGAGAUGAUUAGUUUGCGUGCUGAUGAAGAAUUUGACCCUACCCUAGAUAAUGUUCAAAAGCAAGAACUGUUGGCCAACAACAUCAUCCUUCUUGAAUAUGACGGUCAGGUGCCCUACUGUUGCUGUGAGCUUCUCAGUGAUGAGAGCUGCAGGGAUACAAUCAAAAAGCUUUACGAUGAUGUGUGCCAAGCUGACUACCGAAAAGAUGAACUUGAUGAUGUGGAAGAUGGCAGCCAGGAACAUACAUCAGAUUGUCCAUACAUCUCUCAGGCAAGCAUUGCAAAUGUGUGCCCAAUUGAAGCGUGUUUCUCCUGUAGAGUACGGCUUCCACGCUGCUUCAUGGAGUAUCACUCCCUCGAAUGUGAGAGAAGUACUAGCAGCUAUUCUACUUCCAAUAAUUCUGAUAUUGAGCAACUGCCAUGCUCAGAACAGACACUCAAUGUUGAGAGUAGCAAUGGGAAUCACACAUGUACACAUGCAUGUGGUGCUGAACUCAAGGUAGCAGCUGAAAGUGAGGAAACUGAUCAAAAGAUAAUGCCUUUUAGGGUUGACCAAAAUGAGCUGAAUCCACCACAUGAGCGUCUUGGGAACAAUAUAACAAAUCCUCCCGAAAGGAGGGCAAUUGGGAAUUCAGACAUUCCGUUACAUACUGGUGGCUACAUCGGACAAAAAUUGUUACCAACUACCAAUUUUUUUGUGUGGAAUAUGAAUAUCGAGAAUACGAAGGACACUGCGUAUUUUAAGGGAACAGUUAAAAAGAAGAAAAGUGAUACACACAUCAAGCCAUUUAGGAACUGGGUGAAUCCACCAUGCCAGCCUCCUGAGACACAUCUUCCUAAACUUGAUAGUCCAGACGGCCAGGCGUCCAGUCUACUUGAUAGUCUAGAGAGUCUAGACGUCCUGUUACAUACUAGUGGCUAUCGAAAACUACAGCCAGCAAAAAGUUCCAUUCAAGAUGAUCAGCUUCAGAGGGAGGACUCUGCAACAGCAGCUGGAACUGAGGAAAAAACUGACCAAAGCAUCAAGCAAUUUAGGAACUGGCUAAGUCCACCAUAUCAGCCUCCAAAGACAGAUCCUCCUUCUGAACUUGAAGAUCCAGACAUCCAGUUGCCUGAUGAAAGAAGUCCAAGUGAAAUGCCAUCUUGUGUUUGUAAGACUCCGGAGAAGAAACUUGUGGGUCCUACUCUAAAUGUUUAUGACUACCACAAAUCAAAACUGUCAAAUACUCCAUCUUUGUUGAAUCAACUCAAGAUCUCUGGGGACGCACAAGCCCUUAUUCAGCGAAGUGAUGAGGAAGGAAUCAUAGAAAAUUGCAGCUUUCUGAAGAAACUUUGUUUCUUUCUGCUGAUAUCUGCACUCAUUAUAUUACAUGCUCAACUUGGUACAUCUGAUAGACGCCAUGGAAACACUAUGUCCAUACUGAAUGAAAGCGUUCUUCAAUCUCAUUCUAUAAGCUUGCGACCGAGUCCUUUCUAUUGCGAUUGGAUAAAUAUACCUUUCAUACAUUUUAUAAAUAUGAACUGCCGUUCAAACAAUCUCUCUGAGUCUUGCUGUAUGUGGACAAAGUUAUUCAAUCUGAAUCCCGUAUUGACACUUUUCAAGAACGCAACAUCUACCAUAGAGGUGAACACAUGUGCUUGUGCCAACUACAAAACACAAUGCAGAUUAAAACAAAGCCCUAACCCCGAAUUAACACUUUUCGUUUUCGAGAACUCAACGUCUACCAUGGAAAUGAACACGUAUGCUUGUGCCAACUACAAAACACGAUGGAGAUUAAAACAAGGCCCUAACCCCGAAUUGACACUUUUCGUUUUUGAGAACUCAACGUCUACCAUGGAAAUGAACAAGUAUGUUUGUGCCAACUGCAAAACACAAUGCAAAUUAAAACAAUGCCCUAACCCUAAUCCCGUAUUGACACUUUUCGAGAACUCAACGUUUACCAUGAGGGUGUAUACGUAUCAUGCUUAUGCCAACCAAUUAAAACAAGGGCCUAACCCCGAAUUGACACUUUUCGUUUUCGAGAACUCAACAACUACCAUGGAAAUGAACAAGUAUGUUUGUGCCAACAAAAAAACUCGUUGCAAAUUAAAACAAUGCCCUAACCCUAAUACACUUUUCGAGAACUCAACGUUUACCAUGAGGGUGUAUACGUAUCAUGCUUGUUCCAACCAAUGCAGAUUAAAACAAGGCCCUAACCCUAAUACACUUUUCGAGAACUCAACGUUUACCAUGAGGGUGUAUACGUAUCAUGCUUGUUCCAACCAAUGCAGAUUAAAACAAGGCCCUAACCCCAAAUUUAGACUUUUCGUUUUCGAGAACUCAACAUCUACCAUGGAGGUGUGUAUACGUAUGUAUGCUUAUGCCAACUGCCCUAACCCCGAAUCGACACUUUUUGCUUUCGAGAACUCAAUGUCUACCAUGGAAAUGAACAAGAAUGUACGUCAGGAAGGCACUGCUUUCCCAUUGUCCUAA